GUUCGCACUGUUCACGACAGAGAACCAGGGAUUAUUGUUAAAAAGACAACAAUAAUAAAUGGCAGACGACGUCGAGAAUUCGGUACUUCAGCCAUUACAACAAUUAGACAUGGUCUUCGAAAACGCCGGUCAGUCAGAUUUGCCAAAAAGGACUGUCGAAAAAGACGACGGGUACGGAUGCUUGACAUGUCGACCAAGAGUUUUACAGGGGUUCAACAGCAUCAGAUGGCACGUGUUUUGGCAGUGCGUGUUUAACUUCUUCGAGGGAUUCAUCGUGAAUGGUGUUAUCAACGUCAUCAUUCCGUCACUGGAAAAGCGAUACGAGAUGUCUAGCUCUCGCUCCUCCAUCAUCGCUAGCUCUAACGACUUCGGUGCCUUGAUUGUGCUCAUCUUCAUUAGCUAUUAUGGAGGCCAGAGGAACAAACCGCGUAUCAUGGCAGCAGGAGUGUUUCUCAUGUCAGUCGGAAGUCUCAUAUUCUCCCUUCCACAGUUCCUGGGGGACAAGUAUAUGUACACCGUUUCAGAUGGUAGCAACGGAACACAAAAUGUAUGUUUGACUGGAAAGUCUAACACCUCCAGUGGCGCUUGCGAAGCUGGACAAUCCGACAAUUCUGUAUCUAAUUGGUACUAUACAUGCUUUUUAAUUGGACAAGGGUUUCUAGGCAUCGGAGCCGUCCCUAUGUUUACAAUUGGACUAACAUAUAUCGACGAUAACUGUAAACCGAAAUUGACAUCCUUUUAUAUAGGGUGUACAUUUUGCUCGGCGGCUGUUGGUGUUGCUGUCGGUUAUAUUGUCGGGGGUCAGACUCUGUCAUAUUUCGUAGAUGCUGACAAAGUGGACCUUUCCUCCGUUCACCUUACUCAGACUGACCCUCAAUGGGUGGGGGCCUGGUGGAUUGGGAUACUCAUAUCGUUCUUCUCUUUCCUGUUUAUCGGUUUUCCUCUCCUUGGGUACCCCAAAGAACUUCCAGGCUAUGAACAACUACAGAAACUUCGCAAGUCCGAGGCCCACAAUGAUAGUGCAAACGAGUUGACCACAAGACCGAACUUCGGGAAAUCUUGGAGGGACUUUCCGAAGUCCUUCUAUUUAUUGAUAAAGAAUCCUGCAUUCCUUUUCAUUUGUCUGUCCGCCACAGCCGAGGCCCUUAUGGUCGGUGGUCUAGCGACCUUUGGAUCCAAAUUGUUGCAGGAGUUCUACCAUGUCGACCUUACCAAAGCUGGUCUUAUAAUGGGUCUAAUUACCAUUCCCGGAUCUGGAGGGGGGAUGUUACUUGGCGGAUAUCUCGUGAAGAGAUUCGAUUGGAAAUUCCAAGGAAUCAUCCGGUAUUGUGGUAUAUGUAUGUUCAUAUGCAUGCUGAUUGCUCCUUCAUUUCUCGCCAGCUGUCCAAGUCGGCCGUUAGCCGGAGUUACUGGAAACUACAAAUACGAGAGGUAUAUAGUAGGUUCAAGCUCUCUCACUGGACUGUCGGCUGACUGUAACCGGGACUGUCACUGUACCACGGCCGGGUACGAGCCGGUCUGUGACGGUAACCAUACUGUCUAUUUCACACCCUGUCACGCCGGAUGUACGGCCGUCAGGGUCAAUGGUGACGUCAAGGAAUAUCUUAACUGUAGCUGUAUAUCGGGAGGUGUGAGUACGUAUACCCUAUCGUCGUCGUCGGAGUUACGGAGUGACGCGAUAGGAUGCUCCCAUAUGGACCAGUGUCCGUGGUUCUACGUAUUCUGUGUACUGUUAUUCCUCAACAUGCUGUUCACUUUCAUGACCAUGCCGGCAAGUACAACGGCAACAUUCAGGUGUGUUCAACCAAAUCAGAGAUCACUCGCCAUCGGGGUUGAGUUGUUGGUAGUAAGACUGUUAGGGACAACGCCAGGACCAAUACUGCUAGGAGCAAUAAUAGACAGCGCAUGCUCAGUGUGGCAGGAGACCUGUGGACAAACUGGAUCAUGUUGGACGUACCGGAAGUUCGAUCUGGGCAUUCGUCUCAUGGUUUGGUUUGCUACACUUAAACUAUUGGGCGUCAUAUUUGCCACUAUUGCAUACAAAGUGUAUGUGCCUCCCCCCGGUGAGGACACAACUAUUGCAGUUUCCUCCAUUGCUGCAAAUGUGGACGAUGGUAAAAAAAGUGUUUCAACAAGAAUGUAAAUUUUAUUGUUUACAUAAUUCUGUAACUUAUUAAGGUCUAGAAGAUGUUCCUCUAUGACGAAUCAAAUGCAUAUUUAUAAUAGUUGAAUACUUACUUGUUUCUGCGAAGUAAUGACAACUGCUUCGAUUGAUCGUCAGAACACAGGGAUUCGCCUACCUUUUAUUAUUACAAAAAUGAGAACUACUUCCUUGUAUCUAAUUUGAUCCUCUGAAAUUGAAAUGGAAGACACCACAAACAUCCCAUCAUCAGCUUUAUACUUGACUCGAAUCUGAAUUAAAAUGGUUAUCUGGCCACCUAUUACAAAACACUGACAACGUGACGUCAUUAAUUUCAAGACCGUUAACUAUCCUUUCCUCAGAUGUAACAUACCAGCCUCUCCUGUUUAUGGAAUAUACAUGUUAUAAUUAAUUCUCUACUCUCCAGCAUGUUCAAAGUAUCCGGAUUUAUAAGUUCGAUAUGUUGGCCAAUACAUUACGUAACCAAUGUUAUCUAGAGGAGCGACAUUAAACUACACUGACGUGAUUUCCAGUGAUGAUCUUCGACCAUGUUUGCAGAUUUGGUCAAUGUUUCUUAAAUCUUUGUUAAUUGGAUUUGACGGAUUUUUUUUAACACACAUGUAACAUUAAUUUGCUUAUUCUCUAUAUACCAAACUUUUUAUGAGAAAAACGUUGAUAUAAACACAAAAGAGCCUGAUGAUAUAGCCACCUUAAUUUCCAGCACCUGUUGCUGAAUUAUAGGAGAAUAAUUGUCUUAACUUAUGAAAUAUCUGUUAUUUUUUAACAAUAAAAUCGAUCUGUUU